AACGAAACGAAGCUUCCAAUUUCCGAAUCCAAACUUAAGAUCCCAAUUACUGUUAUUUUCUUGGAUAUCUCGGAACCAAACAGAAGGAAAUUUUGGGUAAAUUUGAGAUCUGGAAUAUGGGUUUCUUGGUAACAACCCUAAUAUUUGCUGUGAUUGGGAUAAUUGCAUCACUUUGUACCAGAAUCUGCUGUAACAGAGGUCCCUCUGCUAAUCUGUUGCACCUAACACUGGUCAUUACAGCAACAGUCUGUUGUUGGAUGAUGUGGGCAAUUGUAUAUCUUGCACAAAUGAAACCACUUAUCGUCCCCAUUUUGAAUGAAGGAGAGUGAAAUUCUUUACACAAAAAAUCUUUUGGGAAGUUCGCGGUAAACCGGCAAAAAGGAUUGGCCAAUGAGGAUUAUCUGGAUUUAGCUAUCAUGGAUGAUUCAGUUUCUUCUCAUGUUGUUUCCGCAAGUAAUCCUUAUUCCAGCAUGGACUUCUCUUGUUGGCACUUGAAGUUAUCUUUUAUUCAAUUGUCAUAAAAAUUACUGUUGUUCUAUCAGACAUUCUGUAAUUUUGAUAAAAUAAUUAUAGAAAAAAGAAUACAUUUCUUUCUUUCCAAUUAUCACUGCCAUCGAUCAUCUAAUUUUUCCCGGAUCGAUUCAAGUUUUUCUCACUGAUCUCAGUUUACAGCUUCAAACUAGGCAACUG